AUGCGGCCGGACCCCUUUCAGCCCAUCAGCAUGCAGCAGAGGCUCUUUGACAGAAGGCUGGUAGGAGGUUUCCGUCUGGCUGGAAAUGGGGAUGGAGGAGGAGGAGGAGCGAUACAGCGCUUUGGACACGUUUUCCUCAAUUGGAAAGGCGGGGAAAGAGCUCUCAGGGAACGCAGCAAGGAGAUGUUGCAGGCUGCACCAGCAUGGUUCAAGGAGAUGAAUGCACAAUGCCGGAUAUUCUGGGAAUCCUACGAAGAUGGAGAAAGCAUUUCUGGGUCUCUGGCUACUCCUCUGUGA